CAUUUCCCCUCCUACACAGCCCAGUUGGGCAUGCGCACUGCUUGUCCUCCGAGACGGCCAGGCUUUUCCCGCCCUUCCCUGGCCUCCGGAGGAGAGUCAGAGUUCACGCUCCUCUCUGGGGCUACCUGCUCGAAGCCAGAGGAUGCGGGGACUAGUAGGUGGCGGACGUCCUUCUGGCCAAGAAUCUUAAGGGGCAAAGGACAGACUUUGGGACUAUUAACUCCACCAAGAGCCAGGAGGCGGGAAGAGCCUGUGCCUACUGCACUGGCUCAAGUAGACAGAGAAAAAAUCUAUCAGUGGAUCAAUGAGCUGUCCAGUCCUGAGACAAGGGAAAAUGCUUUGCUGGAGCUGAGUAAGAAGCGAGAAUCUGUUCCUGACCUUGCACCCAUGCUGUGGCAUUCAUUUGGUACUAUUGCAGCACUUUUACAGGAAAUUGUAAAUAUUUAUCCAUCCAUCAACCCACCCACCUUGACAGCACACCAAUCUAACAGAGUUUGCAAUGCUCUGGCAUUACUGCAAUGUGUGGCAUCACACCCAGAAACCAGGUCAGCAUUUCUUGCAGCACACAUCCCACUUUUUUUGUACCCCUUUUUGCACACUGUCAGCAAAACGCGUCCCUUUGAGUAUCUUCGGCUAACCAGUCUUGGAGUUAUUGGGGCCCUAGUGAAAACAGAUGAGCAGGAAGUAAUCAACUUUUUAUUGACAACAGAAAUCAUCCCUUUGUGUUUGCGCAUUAUGGAAUCUGGAAGUGAACUUUCUAAAACGGUUGCCACGUUCAUCCUCCAGAAGAUCCUUUUAGAUGACACAGGUUUGGCAUAUAUAUGUCAGACAUAUGAGCGUUUCUCCCACGUUGCCAUGAUUUUGGGUAAGAUGGUCCUGCAGCUAUCCAAAGAGCCUUCUGCCCGUCUGCUGAAGCAUGUAGUGAGAUGUUACCUUCGACUCUCAGAUAAUCCCAGGGCACGUGAAGCGCUCAGGCAGUGCCUCCCUGACCAGCUGAAGGACACGACCUUCGCCCAGGUGCUAAAAGACGACACCACCACGAAACGCUGGCUUGCACAACUGGUGAAGAACCUGCAAGAGGGCCAGGUCACCGAUCCCCGGGGUAUCCCCCUGCCCCCUCAGUGAUCCUCCCCCGCCCCCUUCCACUGCUCCCCCAAGUAGGGGACAGGAGGGGGAACCUGCGAGGAAAACAGCUCAGGUUUUACCGCCGACCGGGAAUAGACAACCUCAACGCUGAACUGCACUGGAGAAGAGGGGCAAGGUGACCCCGCUUGAGGAGUGUGGGCUGCCAUCUCAGGCCGCCUCCAGGACCUGGGCUCCCUCCACUCCUCCCAGGAGAUGGGCUCCUGACACAGCAGUCUGCCACCACAGCUCCAGGAGGGUGUCCACACCAGCAAAUGCUGUGUCUGCAGCAUGCCCGAGAUGGCCCUUCUCCCCCACCUCCACCAGCCACUGGCGGGGAGGGGAGGCAGGGUGGUGGCAGCAGCACUGUAGGCAUGCUGAGCGCCUGGGACCAAGCCAGGUGGCGGUUUUUUAUUUUGCCUUCCUGGAAGACUCAAGAUGUGUCUCUUCAUCCUCUCUCUCAGUAUUUGUUUACUUUGGUCUUUUGUUUUUAAUGUCAGAGAGAGGUGUGUUUAGUGGACACAAGCUGUAAUACUCAGCAAAACUUUGUCAAUUGGCACUGUUUACAAGUCUGUUAGCUGCAUAAGCUUAAUAAAAAGUUGGUCUGGGCAUUACAUCCCCUCUAGCAGGCCAAUAGCUGCAUGAACUGUGGGGAGGAAUGGGAAGCAGGGGAUAGAGAAAGCCAAAGGACAACAGGACCCCACCUCCUCUUUCUGUUCCCUUUCUGUUCUUCCACCCCCCAGUUCCAGAUGCCACAAGGACCCUAACCUUGUUUCUGGCUCCAGCUGCUAGCUUUUCCAAAUCUCAGUGCUUUUCUCUUUUUUACAUCCCUCGUAUUAAAACUUUAACAGACGUCUUAAUUCAUCAGGCUGUCCUGGGAGGGUAUUGUACUGGGGGAGGAGAGACAGCAGUGGACCUCACCUUGAAUUCCAGUCCUUGGAGAGAUUUUCUGGGUGACUUAAAGGGGAGGUGCCUGGGAUCAAGAUGAUAGGCUACUCAAUCCCGUUCUUUGCUUUAGUAUGAGUUCCUGUAGCUCCAUCUGUCUUCAUAAUUGUACUUGAAGUGGUAUUAGCUGAAUGAACUCAUGUUAUUCAGAUUUAAGAUGGAGGACUGGACUCUGCUUCUUCACUUAAGUCUCCCUUUUUUUUUUUUUUUUUUUUUUUUUUUUUGGACACAUUCCCUAUUGGUCUAUGGGAAUUACAGGGUUGACACUAAAAUAUUUCCAGCUUGUUCAUAUUGUGUCAGACAGUCCCCCUUCUAUCUUUGGAGCUCUAGAUAACUCUUCACACUCCAUUGGCUUGAAUCUGUAACGUGGUGUAAACCGUCUUGCUUUCCUCUAGUCCUUCCCCCUGCCAACACCUGCUUGCUGUCUCUCAUCCCCAUCUCCAAUCACAGAUGGGGUUACUAGUCAAGUCUAGAGAGAGACAAAGUAUUUUCUGUCCACAUCUUACACAAAUGAAGGUGCCUCCAAACAAGUUGGGCCAGGAGGCGGGGGGCUGUCUGCAAGCAGCAAGCUCAGAGAAACCUUUGCAGAGACAGUUUUGCCAACAUGAGGGCUCUUUCAAGCCGACUUUCACCAAGAGAGCCGGCCUUGUUAGUUGGCUUCUGUCUCUUUAGAACCGAGAAAGUAGUAAUUGAGUAGCCUAGAUGUAGAAAGGGUAGAAUAAGCACUUAUUCCCCUGCCUUCCAAAAAUGAAGAGGAGAAUCAGGUCAGCUCUCAGUCUCAAGCCUGAAGAGAAGAGGUCUUGGAGAAAGCAGAGAACAACAUGGACCAGAUAGACGUCUGGACCUCCUUCAGCCCUUAGUUUGUGAUCUGGAGAGUCCAGCUAAGAUAUCCCUUAUUUUUGCCAACUGCCUUCCUGCUGAGCCAAAGUUUCUCAUUCCCCCUCCACUGAGGAAGCAGCUGAGGCCCAGGGCCUUGCUCCCUGGGAGAUUCUCUUCUCUCUCCAUCUUUUGGUGCGUUGGCCAUGUUACUGUGCCAACAGUGUCUUAAUUCCUGUUCCAUCUAUUCUCAGCUGGUCUUGGACCGCACACAGGAGUUGGGGGAGGGGUGGAAAUGGGUAUUAUUCCUUGUAGUUGAUCCUGAUGCCUUAUGUGUAUAAAGAGACCCCUCCAUUUUUUGUUUUCCAUCCCUCUCACACCCUAACAGGAUUGAAAUAAAACCUGUUUCUGAUUUUAUAAAAAUAA